UCUGCGACGUGCAUACGUGUUCAGCAGGAGCUCUGAUGCUAACAGGCUAACCCGAUACAUUCCCCGCUGCGCUGUUAUUAAACUCACCGUCCUUUUGUCCUGUUCGGCGUUUGAAAUACGCGAAAGGCUCGUCUCACGGGAACGUGUUUAUAAGCGCUCUCAGAACUGACAUUCAUCAGGGUUUGGAGCAGUGGGUGAUGAGGCUUUGAAGAAGCCUGGUGUGGUUGCCUGGGGCGAUGGGUGCCAACACCAGUCAGGUGAGCGACCUGUCGGAGAGUCAGAGCAUCCGCACUCUGAUUGGUCCAGAGUCAAUCUCGGAGAAUGAGCCCUUCUGGAACCAGCUCAUCUCCUUCACCUUCACCAGCCCCACCUGCAGCGCUGAUGCUAAACUCUUGGAGGAGGCAGUGGUUCCCUUUGCCAAAACCCUAAUUGAGAACAACCCCAGGUCAGGGAAUUUUGGAGCUCUGGUGAGAGUUUUCCUGGGACGAACCAAAGAGCUGAAGAUCUCCACUGAAUGCCAAGAUCAGUUGUUCAUCUGGCAGGCCCAUAAUGCCCUUUUUCUUGUGCGAUGUCUGCUGAAAGUCUUCAUCAGGGAGAUGAGCGAGGGGGAGCUGCACUUACAGUUCUCCUACCAGGCGAGGGCGCCAGGCACCUAUGAAUCGAACAGCGAAGAUCUCCUAGAGGAGCUGAUGUGUAACUUGGUGCAUCUCAUCGUGGAGGUGCCUCUGCUGGACAUCACCUACAACAUCCUGUUUGAGGCAGUUACCACACUCCUCGUCCUGCUGUCCUAUCAGCUCUUCCAGAAGGACAUUCUGCGGGAGGGGCUUAUCUACCAGUGCUUGACCAGGGGGCGAUGUCUGACUCUAACGAGUCGUUUGGUCAAGACCCUGCUGUAUAACUUCAUCCGGCAGGAGAAGUGUCCUCCUCCUGCACAUCUUUUCCAAACGCAGGCAGACGGAGGUGGGCUGCUGUAUGGCCUGGCGUCAGGGGUGGCCAGUGGACUGUGGAGUGUGUUCACAUUGGGAGGAGCUGGGAGUAAAUCUGGAGUGGACCAGGAACAGAACCCGCUUCCGCUGUCCAAUCAGAGCCUUUUAUUGCUGCUGGUCUUGGCCAAUCUGACAGAUGGACCGGACUGUCCAAAUCCUUACAAGCAAGCUGUCACCUGCUUUAAAAAUACGCAAGAUACGUCGUCCAUCCCAUCUCCACAGCCGCACACGUUCCAGAUUAAUUUCAACAGCCUGUACACGGCGCUUUGUGAGCAGCAGCGGUCUGAUCAGGCCACUCUUCUGCUCUACACGUUACUGCACCAAAACCCCAACAUGAAGACUUACGUGCUCUCCAGAACAGACAUGGAGAACCUGGUGAUGCCAAUUCUGGAGAUACUCUAUCAUGUAGAAGAAAGAAACUCCCACCAUGUUUACAUGGCCCUCAUCAUCCUCCUCAUCCUCACUGAGGACGACACAUUCAACCGCUCCAUACAUGAAGUGAUACUGAAGAACAUAAGCUGGUACACAGAGCGAGCUUUAACAGAGAUUUCUCUGGGCAGUCUGUUAAUCCUGGUGGUCAUUCGCACUAUUCAGUUCAACAUGACCAGGACCAGGGAUAAGUACCUGCACACAAACUGCUUAGCAGCUCUGGCCAACAUGUCAGCCCAGUUCCGCUGCCUGCACCAGUACGCCGCCCAGCGCAUCAUCAGCCUGUUUGCCCUGCUGUCAAAGAAGCACAAUAAGGUCCUGGAGCAGGCCACGCAGUCUCUGCAGAGGCCGCUGGGAGCAGACGAUAACGCGGCCCUUCCGGACUAUGCGCAGGAUCUGAGUGUGAUAGAGGAAGUGAUCCGGAUGCUGCUGGAGAUUAUUAACUCCUGUCUGUGUAACUCCCUCCAUCACAACCCCAACCUGGUGUACGCUCUGCUCUAUAAGAGGGAGCUGUUCGAGCAGUUCCGCUCGCAUCCCUGCUUCCAGGACAUCAUGCAGAACCUCGACACGGUGAUUGGUUUCUUCAGUCAACGGCUGGAGCAGGCAGGAACGGACCUUUCAGUGGAAAGAGUUCAAGAGGUCAUCAAGAAAGGAGCGGUGGCACUGCCUAAAGACCGCCUGAAGAAGUUUCCAGAGCUGAAGUUUAAGUAUGUGGAGGAAGACCAGCCUGAAGAUUUCUUCAUCCCUUACGUGUGGUCUUUGGUCUUUAACUCUGCAGUAGGGCUCUAUUGGAAUUCUCAGGGAAUCGAGCUGUUCAGCAUGGACUCGCCCUGAGAAAGAGAGAGAGAGAGAGAGAGAGAGAGAGAGCAUGUGGGUGAGUGAGUGUGUGCGUGUGUACGGGGCCGAUCAAGGAUUUAAAUGGGUGUUGGUAAGUUUAUCGCCGUUCGAGCGUCUAAUUUGACCCUUAGAUGCUUCAGAUUUGACCGAGCGAGCGUGCGUGGCCUCACGUCUACAUCGUUUUUGAUCGUCCACGGCUUUGGAACGUCCGGUGGAAGUGCCUCUAUUGUGACUGGUGAGUGAUGAGAUGUUAUUAUGGGACUUCCAGCCACCCCCCCGCCCCCUGCACCCCUCCCCCACACACUUUCCGUCUCAGCUUCCUCAUAUCGGACCCCUGGGCUUCCAUUAUCUCUGACUUCACCGUCCAACCUCAUCACACGGUCUAAAGGGCAUGUCAGUCAAAACCGCGCUCGGCUGCUGGACGAACGGUCACUACAGUGCAGCAGUGCUGAAUUCUGGGUUAUGGUACAGUUCCUGUUGCAGAACAUGGUCACGGCUUUUUUACUGUUGUUUGAAAAAAACUUUUCAUUUGUCUCUGAUUAUAAUGUGAUGUUGCGUUUUUUUUUUUUUUUGUUGUUGUUGUUUUGUUUUGUUUUCUCGAGGGUGUCAUGGGUCAGUUAUAGAAAUGGUCAAAAAAGACGAAGGGAUUCCAAAAAUAAAUAACCUAACAAACCAAAUUUACGGUUUGUCCUCAGUCAUUAACUUUCUCUGUUCACUUAAAAUAGGCUAAUUUCAUUUGAUGGCUAUAUGAAGAAGCUUCUGACAGCAGUAUUUCAUUCACUUAUUAUGUUGAGACUAUCUCGAAAUAUUUGAGGCUGUUUUUCUCUCUGAAUUUCGGCUACUGUAUGGAAACAGCGGCCUCGCUUCAUUUGGACAGUGCACUAUAGAUUCUCUGCAGAUGUUCAAAUUGUUAAGCUAUGUGUUGAAACUCAGUUCUAAACAGUGGAGGGGUGAGGGUUAGGAUUUGGACCGAGGUUAGAGCAAGGACUAGUGUGAGGGUUGAGUUUAGGUAUUGGGUUGAGGUUCAGGUGAGGCUUAGCAUCAGAGCCAGGUCAGUUUAUUAGACAUUUAGUCAAAUGUAACUCGAAAGUAAAUGAAGUAUCCACAAAGCAUCUAAAAUGGACUAACCAAAUAAACAUGAUUUGUUUCCUCAAGAUUUUGACGAAAAAAUGUAUUUUCUUAAAAUUGGACUCAAAUUUCAAAAUAAAAUGAUGACUCUUCUCGUUUCUUAAUUAUGACUUAUUUCUUACCUUUACUUUGCUAGGCCAAACAUAAUGCAUUGAAAUGAUGAGCUGUUGUGAGUGAAGGGAAUUAUUUCCGGAUUGUAAAUCAUUGUUUUGAGGCCAAAUUCUGGAAAUUCUCAAAUAUUGAGAAAAUAAGUCAAAUGUUUGAUAUACUGCUGUCAGGAAAAAAAAACAGACCUCUUAUGUUUUUUUUUUCUCUCUCUCUAAUUAGUAGAAUUAAUUGGGCUUCCAUAUUAUUCCCCUGAACUGACCGUUAUCCUGACAUACUGUUCUAAUCACACUAGUUUGUCACAUAUCAUUAAACAUGUUAAGUACAAUCAUGA